CACCUUCGAAACCUCUCGGAUUAGGGUUUGGAUUAGGGCUUUUCCGGGCAAUGGCGAUGGCGAGCCCGUCCCUUCCCUCUCCGCAGCUCUCUCCGCCUCAGAUGUCGCCCAUGGGGCCGCCGCCGGUGGGGGUUUUCUCCGGUGCCUCGCUCUACGUCGGCGAUCUCGAUGUCUCCUUGGACGACGCGCAGCUUUACGAUUAUUUUAAUCAGUUCGUGCCGGUCGUGUCGGUUCGGAUUCCUAGGGAUCAAGUCACAGGGGAGUCGCUUGGUUAUGGUUACGUUAACUUUCAUAAUCAUCAAGACGCCACUCGAGCUUUGAAGACACUGAAUUUUACUACUAUUAAUAAGAAGCCUAUUAGGAUCAUGUUCUCAAACAGAGAUCCUAGCAUGAGGAAAAGUGGUCAUGGUAAUAUAUUUAUUAAAAAUCUUGACCCAACCAUUGACAACAAGACAUUGCACGAAACUUUUGCCUCCUUUGGCACUGUGCUUUCAUGCAAGGUUGCCUCUGAUAGCAGUGGUAAAUCAAGAGGAUAUGCUUUUGUACAGUUUGAACAUGAAGAAUCGGCUCAAAAGGCUAUAUCACAGCUUAACGGCAUGCUGUUUAACAAUAGAAAGGUAUAUGUUGGGCUAUUUAUUCGCCGACAGGAGAGGGAUCGGGUAAAUGGAUCUCCAAAGUUCACAAAUGUGUUUGUAAAAAAUUUGUCUGAAUCAGUUACAAAGGAUAACUUGAUCGAAAUGUUUAAGGAAUGUGGUCCUAUCAAUAGUGCAAUAGUUAUGACAGAUGAAAAGGGAAAUUCAAGAGGAUUUGGCUUUGUGAAUUUUGAUAAUCAUGAAGAUGCUGCGGUUGCUGUUGAGAAAUUUAAUGGCAAAGUCUAUAAUGAGAAGUUGUUAUACGUGGGAAGGGCUCAAAAGAAAGCUGAAAGAGAGGCAGAACUGAGAGCUAAAUAUGAGCAGGAGAGGUACGGAAGAUUACAAAAAUUGCAGGGAGCUAAUUUGUUCUUGAAAAACCUUGAUGACACCUGUGAUGAUGAGAAACUUUUUGAUUUGUUUUCUAAAUUUGGCACUAUUACCUCCUGCAAGGUAAUGACUGAUUCUCUAGGGCAGAGCAAGGGUUAUGGUUUCGUGGCAUUUUCUAGCCCUGAGGAAGCUAAUCGAGUUUUAAGAGAAAUGAAUGGAAAAAUGGUUGGAAGAAAACCCUUGUAUGUUGCUGUUGCUCAACGGAAAGAGGAGAGAAGAGCGACUUUGCAGGCAAAAUUUUCUCAGGUUAGAUCUCCUGGGCCUCUGAGCCCAGCAAUGCCAACCAUGAGCUAUCAUCCUGGUGCGCCAAGGCUUGCGCCACAACACUUGUAUUAUGGUCAGGGAACUGCUGGUCUGGUUCCACCCCAACCUGCAGGGUUUGGCUUUCAACAACAACUUGUUCCAGGGUUUCGGCCUGGUGUUGCACCAAAUUUCAUGAUUCCUUACGACCUCCAAAGACAUGGACAACUUGGCCAUCGGAUGGGUAUUAGGCGAAGUGGGGUUCACCAACAGCCCCAACCGCGCAAUGCUAAUCCAGGCUUCAGAUAUCUGCAAAAUGCGAGGAAUAUUGUCUACUCAUCCAUGAUGCCUCAAGGUCCAACGGGUCACGCCAUGCCCUUUAAUAUGAGCGGAAAUUCAAUGGUCCCCAUGGAUGCAGCCCAAUCUCCACCAAUUCCUAUUUCAGCGCUUGCCUCUUCUCUAGCUUCUGCUACUCCUGAGAAUCAGCAUUCGAUGCUUGGCGAACAACUGUACCCACUUGUCGAACGCAUUGAAGGAGAGCAUGCUGGAAAAGUGACUGGGAUGCUGCUGGAGAUGGACCAGACUGAAGUCCUGCACCUCAUUGAAUCACCCGAAGUUCUCAAAAAGAAAGUGUACGAAGCCAUGGAAGUUUUGCGUUCUCAUUCUACAGGCUCAGAUGCUGCUGAUCGGUCGUCCUCUCUGACCUUAAAUGAUUAAGGUUCAUAUUUGCAGUUACGUGCAGUAAGAUGCACCUCAUUCAUAUAGUCAAGUGAGCAAUAAUUUAGUCAGGGAUUUUUUUGGAACAUAGCUUAGGGUCUCUAACAUCAUAGCAAUGGCGAUAAUUAUUUUAGGACGUGAUUUAGGUUUUCAUGGCUGUCUGCUACUAGAAAGUACUCUUGGUAGUUGGAACUUUUGUUCUGGAGAUUUUCUCAUGGAUUCUUAAUUUUAUAUUUAGGAGCUUGGAUCUUUUAGAGAUGCUUUCUGUUUGAGGUUAAUGUUUGGCAUUGGUUUUUUUAGGAUAAUUGUUUGGCAUUGUUUUAUACCUGCAGAUU